AUGUCGCUCCCAACCAGGAAAUGUCGUCCCCUAAAAUUAGUGUUCAGGUUGUCCCGCCAGGCUGUCCCACUAAUAAAGUAUGGCUCUAACCAGAUAGUUACAAUAGGCUAUUGGAGCUCAACAAUUUUUUCGGAAUGGAGCCUAAUAAACUUCUACCAAAGUUUAGUAAACAUUGACCCGACCAAACCAAGAAGAGAAGCAAUUCAGCUUCUCGAAGAUGAUCUCAAAGUACUUGGUGCCGCCUUUGUUGAUUCAAAGGAGUUUAAAGUAAUAGUUGGACUUCGUGCUGCGCUUCGCAAUCAAAAUGAUGCCCUCGAUCAUUUCUGGAACACCUCUUAUCCGAAAUUGCAAAAAAAUGCUAUUGAUCACAUCACUAAUGUCGAUAAGGUGGAAGCUACUUUGGAAGAAGAGGCUACUAAUAAAGCCACUGUUGAAACCACUGAUGUUGAAAGCGAUGGUAUCAUGAUACCAAAUUCCACUUUAAGCUUGGGUACCAUAAUUAAAAGAGAGGCCUUGAAACUACAUCAGUUGUACUUGCAAAACCCUAAGCAGCUCACUGACCGCCAACGCAAAAUCAUGGCCGCUGGAUCUUCAUCCAUUCUUGAUCUUUCUGACCAAUCAUAUUCAUCUCAACGACAGCUUUUUGACAGCGAUCAGUGGAAAUAUAUCAACGAUUACUUUGACAAAAAACUCAAAAUGAAGGAAUACCCUUUGGAUGCAAUUGUCAAAAAUACUCUCAUUAUCAUUAAGAAUACGUUAGACUUAUCGAAUGAUUUUAACGCUGUUAAAAGCUAUAUUGGAAAAAUGAAAAUCAAGCAUGCAAGUGAUAUUGGCCUUUUGAGGGUUUUUAGUAUAAUAAAGCACAUACUCAGAACAAUGAAUGAUUAUAAAAAGAUACUCCGUAAUUCCAGCGGUAUCAACUACCGUGAGAAUGAUUACUUUCGAAUCCUGUGGUCUCCUUUGCUGGAGUUAUUGUUUCCUCCUUCAGAAAAUGUCCGUAUAGUCUCAGCUGAAUCGGAAUACCCACUCUCAAUCAAGGAGAAGAAGAUCCUCUAUCCCAAAACAAAGUACAUUCAUGGCUUUAAAAUUUAUAUCAGGCUGGUCGUUAAUAUUAAUACAGAAGAACUGGAUCUUGCUAUUGGUGAAUGCACCAAACGUAACAGUGACUCGAAGUCAAUUCAAGAUGAAGACAAACUAUUACGAGAGGCAAAGGAUGCAUUGGAUGGAAUCAUUCAAAAUACUUGUAAUUAUGAUUGCCGCCUAAUGACUUAUUUUAUUCAAAUUGCUGGUAUCCAUUGCUCUCUCUCAACUAUGGAGCUUGCCAAAAAUGGCCUUUAUGUCUCUAAGUACCGACACAGCUUUAACUUCCCAUCCACUAUAUCCGAUCUCUCCAAACUCCCAAUUAUUUUAGGCCACUUAUUACAAAUGAAAAAGGAGAUCAAUAUUGCUGCCGAUAAGAUUCUCCAAGCUCGUGCAACAUCAAUUGGUGGAGAAGAGUCAUUUAACCGUCCUUCAGUUUCCAAGAAGAACAAAAGGCUUGCAUGGAUGCGAGAUACAUGGUACACUCCACCCAAAGAAAAAACCUCCCAGAUUCCUAUACAUAUCUUUACUCCGCCUCCACCUCCUUCAUUCAAUGAGCCCAACGAUGAAUCAAGCGAUGAAGAAACAGCUGAUGUUGGUUUAACUGACAAGUUUGGCUGGGUAAAGUAUGCUGAAAAUGAUUUUUUUAAUGUGUUUAGCAAAGAGACUUCAACUGAGAAUCCUUACGAAUGA